GUUAAGUUAUAGAGUCUCUUAUAUGUUGGGAGGAGACAGCUUUUAUGUGAGCUCCCAAAUACCACCUUAGUCUUUUCUUCCACAACUGACUUUGAUGUGGCUUUCUUGGCCAAAAUAACACGGGGGGGGUGGAGGAAUUGAUGUCAAGCCUGACAAACUUUGUAUACAAAGUACAUUUACUUGCCUAAUAUGUGACAUUCAUUUUCAAACUUGCUUAUUUAAUCAAUUUAUAAUAAAAUAAAAUAAUGACAUUAGGUCAAGCUAAUGGAUGUGAUUUUCUGUAUUCCUAAAAUUACAAGGUCAUUCUUUUGAAAUGACAACUAAUUUGGACUGACCCCUAAUAAAGCAACUUCUUUCUCCUUCAGUUGUGAAAUAUUUUUCACCUAAAAUAAUUCAUUGAACUAACAUAGUUGGAAAAUUACAUUUCUUAUAUUUUCAUCUUUUGUAAUCCUAUUUGAUGCUCUUAAAACAGCAACUUGAGCUGGUCAUUUUACAACUUGAAUUAAAAUGGAGUCAUUUUUAAAACAUGCAUAAUGACACUCAUUACUGUGUUCAUUAGAAUACAUACUCGGGUCGAUUUUUUUCAAAUCUGUAAUAUUCCUUGAAGAAACCAAGAGUGAUCAACUAAUUUAUAGUAUUUUAGUUUCACCAGCAUUCUGCAAGUGUUUCUUCUUGAGUGCAGCAGUGCAUUAGCGAGACAGACAGGGUGUCUACAUGGCAGCCAUUAGGCCCAACAACACACCCCUGCUGGGCUGCCGGCAGGGGGAACGUGUUAAAUACGUGGAGCCAUUGUGCUCCCAAAUUGGUCUGUGUGACUAAUUGCCCAGUUAGCCCCCUUCUGACGGGCCGAGCUGGAACCGGCCGCCCAGUCAUCGACAGGGGCUGUAAAAGGGCGGCAGCAGACGGGCGGCGCUAGUCCGCUUUUAACGGGGGGGGCUCAAAUUAAAAGUCAAGUCCGAAUCAGUGGAGGGUGCAGGGGAUAGAGUCUGGCGGAAAGUCCAGAGGCAUCUAGAGACAGAUGACAUCAAACCAAAGCCAAAAUCCUAUUGUCAUUCUAUUGAUGGAUCACAAGGACAAAGUCAACACGGCUCAUCCGACAUUUUGUGAUGCGAUUUCGCAUUGGUCUUGUGUGUAUAUAUAUACACGUUGACAUUUAGGUUUUCCCACUGUUCGUUUUGGUGCAUACUUUUCCAUUUUGAAAUGGAAGUCCACAUUUAGCUGGUAAAUUUGCGGGUCAGGUUAUUUAUGUGAGAUGAGCAACAAAUCAAAAGCAAUUGAGCGUGUGUUUUCUCCCAAGCGGUGUGCCCACACGCUCCUUCUUUCAACUCCAUGAAAGCUGGGUCAUUGUGUCCCCCGGCUUCACACACGGGGGGGCUGCCCCCCCCCCCCUCCUGUCUGCAGCCAUGACAAAAAAGCCGUUGUCUCCAAACACAUCGUCUCGGCGUCUUUGAUAGCUACGUGAUAAGAGACUUAGAGACUGACGGGGCUGGCUCUCGCGUUGUAUAUAAAGCGGCCGGCGGCUUCCUCCGCCACAUCCGCUCUCGACAUGGCUACGCUCCUCUUCCUCGCCGCGACCCUCCUGGCCCCGCUGGAGGCCUUCGACUUGGGCCAGUCCACCCGAUGCGUGACCAUCCCCAACCAGAUGAAGGUGUGUCAAGACGUGGGCUACUCUGAGAUGCGGCUGCCCAACUUCUUGGGCCACAGUAACCUGGAGGGUGAAGUGGUACCCCGCUCUGAAGACUGGAGGCCCCUACUGCAGACUGGCUGCCACCCUCAAGCUCAGGCCUUCCUCUGCUCCCUCAUCGCUCCCGUCUGUCUGGACACGUUCAUCCAGCCCUGUCGGAGUCUGUGCGUGGCUGUGAGGGAGAGCUGCGCCCCCGUGCUGGCCUGCCAGGGGCACCCUUGGCCCCAAGCGCUCGACUGUGAUCGCUUCCCAACCGAAGAAGACACGUGCCUGUCUCCGCACGCCAAGUUCGGCCAUUUUCCUAAAGACUUACCCAAAGCAACUUGUCAAAAUUGUCCCAUGGUGGAAGAAGCUCCAGCUCUGAGAACAGUCCUGGAUGUUUUUUGCCAGCAUGACUUUGCUGUUACAGCAAAAUUUCACCACCGUCGCCGCCUCCUGACGGGCAAGCCCGCGUUUGAGGUCGAGGGCCGUGUUGAGUUCAUCCGCCAGGGCCCGCUGCUGCCCUAUGACACCCACCACCUGCUGCACCAGUGGCUACUCAUCAACCUGGGCUGCGCCAACACGCUGGCGCGACCCGGACGCUCGCAGCUCUACGUACUGACCGGCUCUGUGCGGCCCGACGGCACCCUCGAUAUCGCCCGCCUCUUCCCCUGGCACAAAAAGGACGCCAACAUCGCCGGGGCCACACGCAAGUGGAAGCAUCACAGAUGUUGAGCGUAAAUCUUCACGUGGAGCGUUUAGAGGGGAGGGGAGGGGAGAGGGUUCUCUGCUCCUAUAGCACACUGUAUUAGAAUGCACUCCAACCUGUACAUAUGUAUAAUGACUCAAGAUUUUAUUUUCUAUUUAAAAAGGAAAACAAUAAACUAUUAGAUACUGUU